GAGGGGCAAGAUGCGGGGAAGACAGGUCAAUAAUCCUGGGAACGACCUUGGCAACAAUGUGCCUGUGCCGGAUCUAAUGCCUAUUGUGGCAAUAGUCUCCUGCCCACAUCCUGCCCACAUGGGGUGUAAAAUGUCGUCAGUUGUGCCAAGCUAAGGCCACCAUACACUGGGGAAAAGGGGGUAAGAGGCGCUCAAGGAACCCCGACCAGCCCGACCCCAACCAGCUCCAAGUCUGUCCAAGUCCUAGGUAGGCUGUAGGUUUCCAGGUACUGUCCAGGUCCAUAAGUAGAACCGCACGUCUGACAAUCUGGGCGAUCCUUCACAUACCUACACUAACCUAGAGCAGACCCAGAGCAGACCCAGAGUCUCUGCCCAGAGCUAAUCCCAUCAGCUGAUCGACCUCGCUGACGGUAGUGAUGGUGAUGGUGAUGAUGCUGAUGCUGAUGUGCCGAUAUAUCGAACGAAGUAGACUGCGCUACACUAUUCUCAGUAUAGUACCUUCACCUAGAUUUUCAGUCAAGAGCCGAGAGCCGUGCGUUUGAUGUGCAGUGUAGGUACAUACAUUAUAUGGACACUAUUAUUAGUUAGCUGUACUUACUCUACCCCAGAUAUAUGCCUUCAUCGCUUCGAGAGUGGAUGGUGGAACCAUAGUACAGUACUGAAUAUGUAUGAUCUAGACCCUAAAGUGAAUGGCUCUCAGCCGAUAUUCUUCUUGGCUACAUUGCAUUUUAACAAUUGCAGCACAGGCAGGCUGGGGCAUUUGUAUCGUUUGUCUCGUACACAUGUAUAUGUAUGUAGUUGAAACUGUCUAUAGGGGUUGUGACUAGCUCUCCCAAUUCAUAGAAGUUAUGAUAUUUCUACUAUGUAAUUCGUCAGUCGGUGGCUAUUGGAAGUCGGCGAUCUGCAGAUCCGGUACUAGCAACUCGGCCGAGAUAGUUGCCCGUAGGCUUUGCCAUGAUCUAACCCAGAGCCGCGGCUAAGUUCCGAACAACCUGUCGUGACGACCACGAUUCUCAUGAUAUACACAUAUAUAUCUGGGGAAUUCGAGAAGUUGACUAUGGGUAGUACAUACGCUACCUAGAAGAGAAUACAGAUAAUCACAGCCAGCAGUUUCUGAUUAGUAGCAUGACACCCUAAUCAGCUAGUGUGAUGAGGCGAAGUGUCUAGCUCGGCCUCUAUUCGGCUACCUACAUGAUGGUGUAUGUACGG